UCCCACCAGGUUCACACUGUUGGUCAUGAUGAGGGGGUUGCUUGCUCUCACCGCGCUGUUUGUGGCCGUUCUCGGCAAGGAUACCUUUGAGGGGCAUCAGGUGCUUCGUAUCUCUGCAAAGGAUGAAGCCCAGCUGGCUCUUAUCAAGGACCUGGAGGACAUGAUCGAGUUUAAUCUGGAUGUUUGGAGGGGUGUGUCUGAUGUUGCCAGUCCUGUGGAUAUCAGAGUCCCCUUUGAGAGCCUGCAGUCUGUCAAAAUUUACCUGGAGUCUCAGGGAAUUGACUACUUCAUCAUGAUCAAAGAUCUGCAGGUUAUGCUCGAUGAGCAGCAGAAGGAGAUGGAAAAUGCUCGCGUUGCUCAGCCCAAAAACACUGACAGCUUCGACUACAAAAACUACCACACCAUCGAUGAGAUCUACAGCUUCCAGGACAUGCUUGUGGCUGAAAAUCCCAACCUAGUCAGCAAGAUUGUGAUUGGUCAGAGCUACGAGGGUCGUCCCCUGAAUGUGCUCAAGUUCAGCACUGGAGGAACUAACCGUCGCGCCAUCUGGAUUGACACUGGAAUCCACUCCAGAGAGUGGGUUACUCAGGCCUCUGGCACCUGGUUUGCCAAGAAGAUUGUGACUGAUUAUGGAACUGACCCUACUCUCACGGCCAUCCUCAAUAACAUGGACAUCUACCUGGAGAUCGUGACCAACCCUGAUGGCUUUGCCUACACCCACAGCAGCAACCGUAUGUGGCGUAAGACCAGGAAGCCCAACCCUGGGUACAGCUGUGCUGGAGUUGAUCCCAACAGAAACUGGGAUGCUGCUUUUGGAAGUGCCGGUGCCAGUGGAUACCCCUGCUCAGAGACCUACCAUGGACCCUAUGCUCACUCUGAGUCUGAGGUCAGGUCUAUUGUGGACUUUGUGAAGGCCCAUGGAAACAUCAAGGCCUUUGUCUCCAUCCAUGCCUACUCUCAGAUGCUCCUGUACCCCUAUGGCUACACCAGGACUCCAGCUCAGGACCAGGUUGAACUGCACAACCUGGCUAAGAAGGCUAUCACUAACCUGGCCUCUAUGUAUGGUACUAGCUACAGAUAUGGCAGCAUCAUCAAUGUCAUCUACCAGGCUAGUGGUAGCACCGUGGACUGGACCUACAACCAGGGCAUCAAGUACUCCUACACCUUCGAGCUGAGGGACACCGGCCGUUAUGGCUUCCUCCUGCCCGCCAGUCAGAUCGUCCCCACCGCCAGCGAGACCUGGCUGGCUCUGAUGGCUAUCAUGGACCACACCUACAACAACCCAUACUAAUCUGUGUGUGAGAGAAUGUGAGAAUGGAAAUCCCUGUUUUUUGUUGAUUUUGUUUUAGAAGAGUCCCCCCAAAAUGUUUUCUUUAAACCAAAUAUCCCCAUCAUGAUCAUGACUCAUUGGAUACUGAACAAUACAAACAGUCAAAUAAAAGAGCACACUGGAAAACUGCA